UCUUUUUGGGUGUAGAGAUCGAUCUCGUUUCUCUUCGCCUGAGAAGCGAGGGGCUCUCUGAGCUUUCAAGAAGAUAUGGCAUCACUUGGAGAUAUCGGUCUUGCAGCGGCUAUUAAUAUUCUAUCUGCAAUAGGAUUUCUUCUGGCAUUUGCUGUGUUACGGCUUCAGCCCAUUAAUGAUAGAGUAUACUUUCCUAAAUGGUACCUUAAAGGAAUAAGAAGCAGCCCAACGCACUCUGGAAAUUUGAUAAAAAAGUUUGUUAAUCUAGACUGUGGAACAUAUUUGAGGUUUUUGAAUUGGAUGCCAGCUGCAUUGAAAAUGCCGGAACCUGAGCUGAUUAGUCAUGCAGGCCUUGAUUCUGCUGUAUAUAUCCGUAUCUAUCUGCUUGGCUUGAAAAUAUUUGUUCCAUUAGCCUUCCUUGCUUUCGCCAUUCUGGUGCCUGUUAAUUGGACUGGUGGAUCCUUGGAGCAGAUCAAGAAUUUAACAUUUAGUAACAUCGACAAGCUUUCUAUAUCAAAUGUUCCAGCUGGAUCAGAUAGGUUUUGGGCACAUCUAGUGAUGGCAUACGUUUUUACAUUUUGGACAUGCUACAUUCUGUACAAGGAAUAUAAGAUUGUAACAACAAUGAGAUUGCAUUUUCUUGCAUCUGAAAAUCGUCGUGCAGAUCAAUUUACUGUUCUUGUGAGAAAUGUUCCACCAGAUCCUGAUGAAUCAGUUAGUGAGCAUGUUGGUCAUUUCUUUACAGUAAAUCAUCAUGGCCAUUAUCUUAUACAUCAGGUGGUAUAUAAUGCUAAUCAACUUGCAAAACUGGUGGAGGAAAAGAAAGGCUUGCAAAAUUGGCUUGUUUACUACCAGAAUAAAUACACAAGAAACACUACGAAAAGGCCUACUGUUAAGACAAAAUUUUUUGGUCUGUUUGGCAAGGCUGUUGAUGCAAUUGAUUAUUACACUGCCGAGAUUGAGCAAUUAACUACUGCAGAGGCUGCAGAAAGAGAAAGAGUGAUUGGAGAUCCUAAAGCUAUAAUGCCUGCAGCAUUUGUUUCAUUCAAAUCUCGAUGGGGAGCUGCUGUUUGUGCUCAAACUCAACAAUCAAGCAACCCAACGCUGUGGUUAACAGAGUGGGCUCCUGAACCUCGUGAUGUUUAUUGGUCUAAUCUUGCAAUCCCAUUUGUUGAACUGACAAUUCGGAGGUUGAUUAUGGCUGUUGCACUCUUCUUUCUUACCUUCUUCUUCAUGAUUCCCAUCGCAUUUGUCCAGUCCCUUGCAAACAUCGAAGGUAUCAAGAAGGUUGCCCCAUUCUUAAGAUCUUUAAUAAAAGUGAAAGUUGUGAAGUCCUUUAUACAAGGUUUUCUACCUGGAAUUGCUCUGAAGAUAUUUUUAAUACUACUUCCAAUGAUACUUAUGACCAUGUCAAAGGUGGAAGGUUUCACAUCUCUUUCAAAGUUGGAAAGGCGAUCAGCUUCUAAGUAUUACCUUUUCAUCUUGGUUAAUGUAUUUCUUGGGAGCAUAAUCACUGGAACAGCAUUUGAACAACUUAAUAGUUUCAUUCAUCAAUCUGCUAGCGAUAUUCCUAAAGUAAUUGGUGUUUCUAUUCCAAUGAAGGCAACAUUUUUUAUUACAUAUAUCAUGGUUGAUGGUUGGGCUGGAAUUGCUGCAGAGAUCAUAAGGUUGAAGCCAUUGAUUGUUUUCCAUUUGAAGAAUACAUUCCUAGUGAAAACAGAUCAAGAUAGAGAACAGGCUAUGGAUCCUGGGAGCUUAGGUUUUGCCUCAUCGGAACCUCGGAUACAAUUGUAUUUCUUGCUUGGGCUAGUAUAUUCUGUGGUUACGCCAAUCCUUCUUCCUUUCAUUAUUGUCUUCUUCAGCUUCGCAUAUGUGGUUUUCCGGCACCAGAUUAUAAAUGUCUAUCACCAACAAUACGAGAGCGGGGCGUCAUUCUGGCCGGAUGUCCAUAUACGUGUGAUCAUUGCAAUGAUAAUAUCACAACUAUUACUUAUGGGCUUGAUGAGUACGAAAGAAGCUUCUCAAUCUACACCAUUGCUUCUUGUUCUUCCUGUAUUAACCAUAUGGUUCCACAUAUAUUGUAAAAGUAGAUUCGAACCAGCAUUUGUGAAAUUUCCAUUACAGGAUGCUGUGGUGAAGGACACACUUGAACGGGCUACUGAACCCAACUUAGAUUUGAAGGCUUACCUUCAAGAUGCAUACCUGCAUCCAGUUUUUCAUGAUGGGGAAAUUGAGCAAGUGACCCUUAAUGAGGAAGAUAACAAUGCUCUUGUCCCGACGAAACGGUCUCAUCGAAGUACUCCUGUAGGAAGCAAAUAUGGCUCUGAGGUUGGCUCCGAGAUUGAGUUUUAAAAGAAGAUUAGUUUGACAACCGGGAAAGAUUUGGUUGUCUAAGUUGGGACUUUCACUCAGUGUAAAGAAUCGGCAUGCUUUGGUUAGUAACUAACCCGGAUUGAGCUGACAUCAGAACUGAAGUUGGUAUUCAUUUGUCCAAACAACACUUGUAAGUUUGUAAUGUAACAUGAUUUGGUGAAAAUUAAUUUUCUUGAUCAUUUAUUUGACUGGUUGGAACAUACGGAAAACGCGGAUGGAAGAACCAAAAAUAGUCUGUGUGUUACUCUGCAAAUUAAAGAGAGAUGAUUGUAUUCAUUGGUUGUGGUUUUCAUUCUUAUAUGCACCUUUUACAAUGUCAAAUUUUUGUGGAAAAUGUUUGUUUAAGAUGUUCGAACAUUAUGUAUA